GAAAAAAUACUUUAGACGUGCAGUUUAGUAUGAUAAAGUUCAAGUUUAUUUAAUCAUGAUACACAAAUUUAAUCAUAAUUAUUUAAUCAUGAUCCUCAUCAUUUAAUCAUAAUCCUCAAAUAGCGAGUCAUCGCUAUUUGAGGCAGGAGCAGCCCGAGAAAUCUAUAUCACUAUCACUAUUGCUAUCGAAACUAAAAUCGCUUUCAGAAUGUGAUAAGUUAUCAGGAAUAUACUCUGUGUCAAUCGCUGAACGUUUUCUAGCAGCCAUUUCUGUAAGAAAAAAGUGAAGUUUGAGCGAUAAUACCACGUGCCUUCAAAUGCCGCAAUUUAGUGGACAACUAACGACAUCUGUUGGUCGAAACUCUAAUACUGUGUAUAAUUUAUUUCAAUGGUUAAACCCCAUCAGGGGCUCACUUUUGUGAGUACGGUUGUGGCAAUCCUGAGGUACCCUAGCCCUUCAGGCGAUCAACUUGAUGAACCGGGUGUCACGAUCCUGGAGCCCCAACGAUCUGUCCUCUUUUCCGUCUCCUCUCCUCUCACCUAGUACUUUUUUUCUUUCCAUUCUCCCUUGUGGUUUUCCUCUUCGGAGGUUGGGGCUCAUCAUGAGAAACUGGAACAGCCCUUGUCUCUGGUUUUCGAAUGGCGAGAAAACUGCCCACGCGUUUGCCGUACGUGGAGACCCUUGUCCCUGGAAAUGAGGGUCCUGGUAGUUGAGGGGCGAGGUACUGUCCCUAACACACUGCUUUGGCUUCUGCUUCUGCUUCAGCUAAACGGAAGGCAUAUUUCACAAGUGCACAUCUGUGUAGCCACCAGAGGCGUGGCUUCUAGGAUGGACCAAUGGUCUUCCAGCAAUACUUCUCUCAUGUCACAUGACCUUUCGCGCGCUUUAAGCAAGAUGGUUGAAAAUAUUUUGCCGCGCAAUUUCCAAUAUAAAAUAAUUAAAUCACAAUCGAUUUCUACUGAAACUUUUUACUGCGAAGUCAGAUCAAAUAUAAACAGCUGUGAAGAUUUCACUACCUGGUUGAGAGAAUUUGAAAGAAAUACUAACACAUGUUGGAUACUUCGAAAAAGUUCAACUGAUCAAUCUCGAUUUCUGUUUUCAAGGAACUAUAUUUGUCAGCAUUCUUCAUAUCAUAAAGUAAAGACUGAAGGUAAAGAUAAGAAAUGCACUGCUUCUUUAAACAUUCGAAUAAAACGAAACAGCAAAUACACUCGUUACAGAGAUUCUUUGAUCGGUGAAGGUUACUGUGCUGUUAUUCAUAUAAAUAAUAAUCACAGUCACAGAACUGGAGUUGCAGAAGCAUGGAACUGGCUUCGCAGAUCUGAAGAAACACAAGAUAUUUUUAUAAAUUUAUUUAAUAAUGGUAUGACGCCAGCAGCUGCAAAAAAUUUCCACGAAUCGUCAUUAAUGAUCGAAUCUCCAGAACAACUGGCCAACAGCAGAAUUAAUCCACCUGCAAAAUGGAUUUACCAAAUUCAUGAAAAAUGGUUAAAAGAAAAUUUUGGAGGAUUGAACUAUGGACCAGAUUUUGAAAAAAUUGCACUAAACAGAAUUAAAGAGUAUCAAGAAAAAGGAUCACUUAUCGAAUUUGCAACUAAUCCUCUCUGCAUAGCAGUCAUAACACCCCUAAUGCAAAGAAUGGUGAAAAGUUUGGAAAAAUCACAUUCCAUUUUUGUAGACUCUAGUGCAUCAUGUGAUCAGGCAAAGAGCUCUAUAACUGUGGUUUUAGUUUCCACAAAAGCUGGGGCAAUACCAAUCGGGAUAGGUAUACAUAGCUUUCAAAAUGAAGCAAAUUACUCGAAACUGUUCUCCCAGUUGAGAGAGAUGUGGGAAAAAAUUAACUUAUUCACAAUCGAAAAUUUAUGA